GGCCGCCAGGCUGGUGCUUGUGGAGAACAACAAAGAAAGCUGCAGCCGGUGGAAGGCAAGCCUUUUGUUUCUGCCAAAACUGACAGGGCAGCUUGGGGAUUCUCGUGACCCAUUUUCUCCUGCAGGGAAGGCUGAUCCCACGGUCUCCGUCUGGCGCUCAGCAUCUCCUGGCUGGUCCCCCUGGAGCAUUCCCGCACAGAGGUCCCUCCAUCAGGGUGGCAAUAGCUGAGGCGGAGUUUCCCCGGACCAAUGAGGAGACGCUGACGUCACCACCGCCGCGCCGCCGCCGCCGCCGCCGCUUCCUCGCGGACGGAGCCUUGGUUGCCGGGGCGACGGAGGAGUCGGCCGCCCGGCCUGACCCCGAGGCCUCCUCUCCCCGCGCCCGGCCCGGAUGCCCGUCUGGCAGCUCGCAGGCUGGCGGCUGGUGGCAUGGAGGGGCGAGGCCCGGCCCUGAGCGGAAAGCAGCGCCUCUGAACCCGCCAGGCAAAUGGACAUCAAAGGCCAGUACUGGACUGAUGAUGAUUCUGAUGGAGAAAAUGAAUCCGAGGAAUUUUUAUAUGGAGUACAGGGAACCUGUGCCGCAGACCUGUAUCGACACCCUCAGCUGGAUGUGGACAUUGAAGCCGUGAAAGAACUGUACAGUGAGAAUUCUGUAUCUGUCCGGGAAUAUGGGACCAUCGAUGACGUGGACAUUGACCUGCACAUCAACAUCGGCUUCCUAGAUGAGGAAGUUGCCACAGCUUGGAAGGUCCUACGGACCGAGCCCAUUGUUCUCCGACUGCGGUUCUCCCUUUCCCAGUAUCUGGAUGGCCCCGAACCGUCCAUCGAGGUUUUCCAACCAUCCAACAAGGAAGGGUUUGGACUGGGCCUUCAGCUGAAGAAGAUCCUGGGCAUGUUCACAUCCCAGCAAUGGAAACACCUCAGCAACGACUUCCUCAAGACCCAGCAGGAAAAGCGGCACAGCUGGUUCAAAGCCGGUGGCACAAUCAAAAAAUUCCGUGCCGGUCUCAGCAUCUUUUCACCCAUCCCCAAGUCUCCCAGUUUUCCUGUCAUCCAGGACUCGAUGCUCAAGGGCAAACUUGGCGUCCCAGAGCUACGGGUCAACCGCCUCAUGAACCGUUCUAUCUCCUGCACGAUGAAGAAUUCUAAGGUGGAAGUUUUUGGCUACCCUCCCAGCACCCAGGCAGGUGUCGUCCCAUUCAACAUCCUGGUUGGUGGCCACUGCAAAAACAUCCCCACCUUGGAAUAUGGUUUUCUCGUCCAGAUAAUGAAAUAUGCAGAGCAGAGGAUUCCUACUUUGAACGAGUACUGUGUGGUAUGUGACGAGCAGCACGUCUUCCAGAAUGGGUCCAUGCUGAAGCCAGCUGUGUGCACACGAGAGCUCUGUGUCUUCUCUUUCUACACCUUGGGUGUGAUGUCUGGUGCUGCAGAAGAGGUGGCCACGGGAGCAGAGGUAGUCGACCUGCUGGUAGCCAUGUGCCGGGCGGCUUUGGAAUCCCCACGCAAGAGCAUCAUCUUUGAGCCUUACCCAUCUGUUGUGGAUCCCAGUGACCCCAAGACCCUUGCCUUCAACCCCAAGAAAAAGAAUUAUGAGAGGCUGCAGAAGGCCCUGGACAGCGUCAUGUCAAUCCGUGAAAUGACUCAAGGCUCUUACCUGGAGAUCAAGAAGCAAAUGGACAAGUUGGAUCCUUUGGCCCAUCCCCUCCUACAGUGGAUAAUUUCCAGCAACAGAUCUCACAUUGUCAAGCUACCUCUCAGCAGGCAGCUGAAAUUUAUGCACACCUCACACCAGUUUCUCCUGCUGAGCAGCCCUCCUGCGAAAGAGGCUCGCUUCCGGACAGCCAAGAAACUGUACGGCAGCACCUUCGCCUUCCAUGGCUCUCACAUUGAGAAUUGGCAUUCCAUUCUGCGCAAUGGGCUGGUCAAUGCAUCCUACACCAAACUGCAGCUGCAUGGAGCAGCCUAUGGCAAAGGCAUCUAUCUGAGCCCCAUCUCCAGUAUUUCCUUUGGAUAUUCAGGGAUGGGGAAAGGGCAGCACCGGAUGCCUUCCAAGGAUGAGCUGGUGCAGAGGUACAACCGGAUGAACACAAUUCCCCAGACACGAUCCAUCCAGUCCAGAUUCCUACAGAGUCGCAAUCUGAACUGCAUCGCACUUUGUGAAGUGAUCACAUCAAAGGAUCUCCAGAAGCAUGGCAACAUCUGGGUUUGUCCUGUGUCUGAUCACGUCUGCACCCGCUUUUUCUUUGUGUACGAAGAUGGCCAAGUCGGAGACGCCAACAUCAAUACUCAGGACCCAAAAAUUCAGAAGGAGAUCAUGCGUGUAAUUGGCACUCAGGUCUAUACAAACUGAGGGGUGGAGGAGCUCUUCCCUUCAGACUGGGCUGGCGCUGCCCCCCUGGGGCAGGAAAGGGACCGUUGUUGGAGA